AUGGAGGUGGAGGAUCAAUCGGAAGGAGGUACCGAAAGAGAUGCUAGUGAAGAAGCUGAUGUGCAAAUCCAGGAGGAAGAAGGAGAUGAAGAAGGAGGAGAGAUUUCAGUAGGAAACACGCUGGAGACACGCGAAGGAGAAGAAACUGAAGUCCAGAAACUUCAAGCGAAGUUGUAUGCCGCAGAAAGAAAGCUCGUCGAAGAACGGAACCAUCGCAAGGAGGAAUUGGCAGAGAUCACGAAGCUGCACCAAAGCUUGGUGGCUGAGAAAGAGGAACUCCGGCUUAAAAAUUUGACAAAUCAAGCGAAGAUCAAGGAGUUAGAAAAUCAACAUUGGGCGGACAGGAAGGAAGUGGAAGACCUCAAAAAAAUGAUGGACAGAGAUGUCAUCGCGGAGAGGAAGAAAAAUGAUGCUCUACAAGCUGCAAUUGCUGAAGCGGAGAAGUUCUUUGAAAUGGGUCGGAACUGUCUGAAAGAAGAAAAAAAACGACAAUAG